GAAUGUAAAUAAUUAAGUAAUUGAUGUAUUCUUUGUAUUCUUCGUGUUCUGAUGGUCUCAAUUACGAAUCUGAAAUCGAAUGUAUCAGUUGCAUCAGCAUAACCUACAUUUUUUUUGACUGAAAAAUCAAAACACAGAAGUUUUAAUGUUACCUUAAUUCGGCAAAUGAAAAAAAAGUAUAUAAAAGCUUUUUCAAAAUGAAACAUAACAAAAAAAUAUCAGCCGUCGUUCCGUCAGCAGCGGGAGAGGGUGGGAGUAAAUCAAUGAAAAUUGAGGAAAGAGCGCGAAAUCAAUUGCCCCCCCCUCUCUUUUCUCUUUCUCUUCUUUUUUCUCCAUCCCCCAGAACGUUCUUUUCUCUCUCUCUUUAUCCCAUGAUGUCGGGGAAGAGCAAGAGCAGUGGAUGCUAGCAAAGAUAGAAAAAUAGCAUCAUUGUUUUCCUACAAGAAGGAUUCAUCUUCCGUUAUCAAAGAUUGCAUAAUACUUUACUAUUCUCACAUUCCUCAACAUCUCUGAUUAACGGUAGAGGGCGAGGUUUUCUUGUCAUGCGCGGAAGCUAACUGUAAUCGCUGGUAAAAACAAAGAGUUCGUGGAGUAGUGGGUACUUUAUCGCUGAAUAGUGAGCAGAAGAAUAUCGCGUCUUUUUCUUCCUCAUCUUUCUUUUUUUCAAUCCUUUAAUUUCUUGGCACAUUUAGUUAUUUUCAUGGCUGUUUCAGUUCGUACUUUGAACUCGCAGUUCAGGUGUCGGCUGUGAAUGAAUGGCAUACUUCGCAGAAGAAGAGUUUUGAUGUAAUUGGAGGAUGCAAAGGAUUAGGUUUUCCUCUUCAUCUGAGCAACGAGGAGAUGCCAGUAGAAUCAAACUUAAAAAUACUUACGGCCGAUCAACAUUGGAAAAUAAACUUCCUAGUUGACAUCUAUGGGAUCUUCGAUGCGGCGGACAUUUGUCAUCCUCUCAACAUUUUCUCUUCUUGGAUUAAUUAUCUUUCUUUCUUACUCUGGUGACGAAAUUAUAUCUGAUUCAUCUAAACCUGUACAAAUUAAAUGGCUCGUGGAUGAUCAUGGUUUUGUUUUGAAUACCCCUGGUUGUCAGAUUCCCGAUUGGGAUCCUUUUGAUCCAUCGGUACAAUCCUUAAUUACAAAAGUUAAUUCUCCAUACAAAUGCCCUGGCCGACCUCAGUUUUUGAGCUCGAGACCAAACGGUAUGGUGGCCUUGGACAAACAUUUGUUGAAUUUCUACUAUGGUAUUCAUGAGCAAAACCUGACUUGCACGUAUCGACCCAUCAUUAGAGAUCCCGGAAAUGAAAAAGAAAGGACUGACAAUAAAUUUUAUUUUGGAAAACCAAAACAACUUAUUUUUGAAAAGCCGCUAAAGGAUGAUUUCUUGAUGGUUAAAUGUACAAUGUUUGAAUACCCAAAUUUAACCCAGUUUAUUCCUCUAGUGCCUCUAAAGCCUGACAUUGAAAAAGAGAAAAGCUCGUUGCAUCAGAACUACGCAGAAGAAGAUCAUUUGAACAUAAUAAUAGUUGGCAUAGAUUCCGUUUCGAAACUAAACUUUUUGAGACAUUUUCAAAAGACUCACAGAUUUAUUAAGGAAAACCUUGCAUAUAUUGAACUUAAAGGUUAUACAAAAGUAGCUGAUAAUACAUUCCCGAACCUAGUGCCCUUUCUCACUGGGCAAUUUAUUGAACAUUAUUGGAAUGAAACAGUGAGAGAUAUGUUUUUUGAUGAUGUAGAUUUUAUAUGGAAAAAUUAUUCUAGUCGAGGAUAUCGAACGUUGUUUGCUGAGGACGCCCCUCAUAUAGCAACGUUUAAUUAUCUAAAAAAAGGUUUUCGUGAUCCACCAGCUGAUUAUUAUUUCCGUCCUUUUGCUUUAGCUGUUGAAAAAUCACUAGUUCGACGUGAAAGUAGAACUAAUUGUUUGCAAUCAAGAUUUGAAAUGAAUAUUCUGUACAGUUAUCUUAAAGACUUUGUCAAAACAAUGAAAAAUAGACCUUACUUUUCUUUCACAUUUGUUGCUAGACUUACACAUGAUAGCUUAAAUAAUGCAGGAUAUGCAGAUGAGCCAACAUUUCAUCUCUUACGAGAUCUCCAUGACAUUGGUGCUUUAAAUAAAAGCUUAUUGAUAUUGUUUAGUGAUCACGGAAUAAGGUUUGGACCAAUAAGACAAACAUACAUUGGUAAAUUUGAAGAAAGGAUGCCUUUUAUUUAUUUAUUUUUUCCGCAAUGGUUUCUCUCAAAAUACCCUGACCGUGCGAAAAACCUACGCGAGAACCAGGACCGGUUAACAACGCCAUUUGAUGUACACGCAACGCUUGUACAUCUGUUGAAUAUUACACAUUAUUCCACAGCAGAGCUUAAUGAAACUCUUUCUAUUAAGAGUUCAAAUGGUUUAAGCCUCAUGAAUCCAAUACCUAAAGAAAGAACUUGUGAGCAGGCCAAUAUUUUGCCUCAUUGGUGCCCAUGCCAAAUUCAUAAGCCAAUACCCAUCACAGAGCCUGUUGUUACAAACUGUGCAUUGGCACUUAUGGAUACAAUUAAUGAACUUUUAAAACCUUUUUCCAACUCUUGUGUGCCGUUGAAAAUGGAUAAAAUUCUAGAUGCUAGAUUUGGGCAAGCAAAUGAUAUGGUCCUACGAUUUGUCAAGCAUCAGAAUGAUGUUAUUAAUAGGCACGUCGUUCUUGGCCAAAAAAUAAACGCCCCUGGUGAUUAUUUGAUUGUAAUAAGUGCCAAACCAAGUGGUGGUAUAUUUGAAGGUACUGUUCGAUACGAUGUUGAGGAUGGCACAUAUCGAGUUUUAGACGAUAUAAGCAGACUCAAUGUCUACGGUAAUCAAUCAAUUUGCAUAUCUAAUGCAAGAAUGAGGAAAUUCUGUUUCUGUAAAUCGAAGACAACUAUUUUUAAAAACUUUUUGAAACCAUGAUAAAUUCAAUAUAUUCAUAGUCAUUUAAUAUAAGUUAUUUAAUUCUCAUUGUUUCAAUUACAUAUUUUUUACACGUGUGUGAUAUUUUUUAAUUUCUAUGUAUUUAUAGAAUAAUACAGUAGAGCUUUAAAGCAAACACAGGCAAACUUACAUUCAUUUUUAAUAACUCCCAGUUAAUUAUACUGUGUUUCUAAAUAAAAUAAGCUUACCAUUGUAGGAAAAUAAGUAAACGUAUAAAUAAUAAAGUAGAAAGUAAAACAUAUAAAAAAUAUUCAAAUUGCUGUCUGGAUUUUUAAUAUUCUAAUUUCAGAUCAAAUGGAGUUUUCUAUUUUUUCUAAAAAUAAUUAGCAAAAUAUAAUAAGAUAACUCAAGACAUUCCGAAAAAAGGCCAAACUUGGUGUUAAAAACAUGUUACGGUCCUUUGUACUCAUGGAACUUAAUUUUUUCCCCUGAAAAUUUAUAAACAAGACGACUUUUAUUAUAGAAUAUGUGUUGAUUAAACAGCUUUCUCUUACUGUAAUAUCUAGAACUGAUGUUUUUAAAUUCCCUAAAAUGUCACUUAAAAUCCUCUUCCAUGAAGUUAUUCCAUGAAUUCUUCCAGUCCUUCAUAAAAUAAUCAAAUAACUGUGAGAUGUCAAAUUUUCAGCAACAAGUGGUGCUUCUUUCUGUUAUUUGAUUUUACAGCUAGACCAAAAUAAUUUUAUUAUCUGCAAAAAUUGUUUUUUUUUAAUUGAAAAAUUUGCUUUUCGUUGUUUUAAAGCUUAAAACUGUUUAUUUGUAUACAUAAAUAAUAUAGUAUAUAUAUAUAUAUAUAUAUAUAUAUAUAUACAUCAAUGUAUAUUUUGAAUUUUAUUAUAUAGCUUUAUUAUACAUGAAACUUAUUUGUACUUUGCGAAUUACAAUUCCAUAUGUGAUGUAUGUAUUUCGUAGCUCUUCCAUUGUAAAGUGCUUGCUCUCUUAUGAAAUGUAUUCAAUAAGUUUUAAGUUCAACUGAUUUUAGUUUGUAACAUAUCCACCGUUCUUUAUGUAUGUUAUGUAAUGGUUAUUUAAUAACUUAUUCCUUAUAAUAAAUAAUUUUUCUUUUAA